AUGGAUAUUUUCAGAGUUUUGACUCGAGGUGCAAACAUCAAGAAGAAAGGCAAUGGAGUUACCAGCAAUGCUGCUGAUUUCAGUAUGGCCAAAGAGAAACAAUCUAAACAGCAGGAGCCAUCGGUAUCCUCAGCCCAGAAUGUGAAAGAAGAGCAAGAGUUGACUAAGGAGUUAAACUUCUUCAGGAACAAGAAGAUUGUGAAGAAAGUGGAGGAUCAAAAGGCUCAGAGUGAGGCUGAAAAGAGUAAAGAUGGACAAGAAGACAAUGACGAGGAAGACGACUCAGAGUCUAACUCUAAUGACGACGAGGAUAUAAGUGGUAGAAUCCUGACAAAAGAACAAGCUAUUAGGUUGCGGAAAUCUUACCAGGGUAAGGUGACAGGCCAAGAUGUUCCCCUACCAAUUGGCUCAUUUGAGGAUUUGAUCUCGAGGUUCCAUUUCGACAAGAGAUUGCUUAAUAACCUAAUAGAAAACUCUUUCACAGAGCCAACUCCUAUUCAAAGCGAAUCCAUCCCAAUUUCAUUAUUAGAACGUGACAUGGUUGCUUGCGCCCCCACUGGUUCUGGUAAAACUCUAGCAUUUUUAAUACCAUUAUUGCAACAAAUAAUUAACGACAAAAAACCGGGUCUAAAAGGUUUGAUCAUCUCUCCUACGAAGGAACUUGCAAACCAAAUUUUCCAAGAGUGUUCCAAAUUGGCGAAUAAAAUAUAUCUUGACAAGAAAAGACCAUUGCAAGUCGCCAUGCUUUCGAAGUCUCUAAGCUCUAAAUUGAGAAACAAGGUGAUCAGCCAGGAUAAAUACGACAUUAUCAUUUCUACUCCAUUGCGUCUUAUUACAGUUGUGCGCGAUGAAUCACUAAGUUUGGGUAAAGUGAAACAUCUAAUAUUCGAUGAAGCCGACAAAUUAUUCGAUAAAACAUUCGUAGAACAAACAGAUGAUAUCUUAAGCUCCUGUACUGACCCACACCUCCGUAAAUCGAUGUUCUCCGCUACUAUUCCAUCAAAUGUAGAAGAAAUUGCCCAAAGUAUUAUGAAUGACCCUAUAAGAGUUAUUAUUGGUCAUAAGGAAGCUGCAAACAGUAAUAUUGAUCAAAAGUUGGUAUUCUGUGGUAAUGAAGAAGGUAAGCUAAUAGCUAUAAGACAGUUGGUCCAAGAAGGUGAAUUCAGACCCCCUGUAAUCAUCUUUUUGGAAUCCAUCACCAGAGCCAAAGCGUUGUUCCAUGAAUUAUUAUAUGAUAAAUUGAACGUGGACGUCAUUCACGCGGAAAGAACACAAGUUCAGAGAGAUAAGAUUAUAGAGAGGUUCAAAACCGGAGAUUUAUGGUGCUUAAUCUGUACCGAUGUUUUGGCUCGUGGUGUCGAUUUCAAAGGUGUGAAUUUAGUUAUCAACUACGAUGUUCCAAGAUCGGCUCAAGCUUAUGUGCAUAGAAUUGGUAGAACUGGUAGAGGUGGUAGAUCCGGUAAAGCAAUCACUUUCUACACAAAGCAAGAUGCAUUGGCAAUCAAACCUAUAAUAAAUGUCAUGAAACAGAGUGGAUGUGAAGUGUCCGAAUGGAUGCAGAAGAUUUCCUCGAUGUCAAAGAGGGAAAAAGAAUCUUUGAAAAAGGGCAAGGCAUUCAGUCAAAGAAAACAGAUCAGUACUGUUCCAUCAGUUGUCAAGCAAAAGAAGAGACAAAAGAGGGAAAUGAUCGAAGCUUCGAAGAAGAGAAAAUUAAUUACCGAUGAUUCGACGGACCACACUAAAGAUGCUGAACAUGAUAUCUAA